AUGGCAACCUCAAAGAUUUUCUCGUUUCUAUUUCUCCAGCUGAUGUUUGUACUUUUUGUCCUUAUUCACCCCACAAAUGCGCAUGAGGAGCUGAAAGUAGGGUUUUAUGCGAAAACAUGUCCAGAAGCCGAGGCCAUAGUCAAGAAGGUUAUUGUUCAAACGUUGUCAAGAGCACCUACACUUGCUGCCCCUUUGUUGAGGAUGCAUUUUCAUGAUUGUUUCGUUAGGGGUUGUGAUGGCUCGGUGCUGUUGAAUUCUUCAACUAACCAAGCUGAAAAAAAUGCAAUUCCAAAUCAAACCCUUCGGGGCUUUCAAAUUAUCGAUAACAUAAAGUCUGCACUAGAAAAAGCAUGUCCUGGUGUGGUUUCAUGUGCCGACAUCUUAGCUAUAGUAGCCAGGGAUGUUGUUGCCACGCCAAAGGGACCAUUCUGGGAAGUUGAAACAGGGCGAAGAGAUGGAAGUGUUUCAAACAUAUCAGAGGCCUUACUAAAUCUACCAGCACCAACAGCUAACAUUAGCUCAUUGAAAAGAGAGUUUCAACAAAAGGGUCUAAGCGUAAAAGACUUAGUCGUGCUAUCAGGUGCGCACACAAUCGGUAUUGGUCACUGCGGCGCCUUCACUAAUCGACUUUACAACUUCACCGGAAAGGGCGACACAGACCCCACGUUGGAUCCAAACUAUAUUACAAAAUUGAAGGGCAAAUGCAAGCAAGGUGAUCUAUUUUCAUUCGCGGAAAUGGAUCCAGGAAGCUUCAAGACAUUCGAUGAAGACUACUACACUCUUGUGGCAAAGAGAAGGGGUCUGUUCCAAUCAGAUGCAGCUCUCCUUGACGAUCCCGAGACAAAAGCAUAUGUCAGACUACAAGCCACUACUCAUGGAUCUACUUUCUUCAAAGACUUUGGAGUAUCAAUGAUUAAUAUGGCUCGUGUCGGAGUUCUCACCGGCAAGGAUGGUGAAAUCAGGAAACAAUGCAGCAGGGUUAACUAA